UUCUGAUGGCGGACAACAAGCGCUUGACGAACGCGCAGAGAGUCCGGAGAGAGAAAGUCACUCCCAGAGACUCCCGCUCCCGCUGCUGUCAUUCAGGCACCUGUUUCGGGGAGUAGCAGGAGGUCACUUUUAGUCCCCCUAUGUUGCGGGUUUUACUUUGAACGGAAUAAAACAGUAUGCGGGACCGGGGAAUAGUGGACUGCGAGAGACCGGACAGGAUUUAGACAGAGCGCAACGCGACGCGUGAGGCUCAGUAACUUAGUGACAGAAAUAAUAACAAAAGCCGCGAAGAACAAGAAGACGCUUCUGAGGAUAUUAUCAUAGUUUGACUGGAUUUCUGCUCCGCCAGCAUGAAGUUUGCGGAGCACCUGUCCGCCCAUAUUACUCCAGAAUGGAGGAAACAGUAUAUUCAGUAUGAGGCUUUCAAGGAGAUGCUGUAUGCGGCCCAGGAUCAGGCCCCAUCCUUAGAAGUCACAGAUGAGGACACCGUCAAACGAUACUAUGCCAAGUUUGAGGAGAAGUUCUUUCAGACGUGCGAAAAGGAGCUUUCCAAGAUCAACACAUUCUAUUCAGAGAAACUGGCUGAGGCGCAGCGACGGUUCGCUACUUUGCAGAAUGAGCUGCAGACGUCUCUGGAUGCCCAGCGGGAGAGCAACGCUCCAGCACUGCGCAGUCGCCGCAAAACUGUGCUCCCUCUGUCCAACAAGGAGCGCAACAAACAUCGCAACAUCAAAGACCUGCAGCUGGCCUUCAGCGAGUUCUACCUCAGCCUCAUCCUCCUGCAGAACUACCAGAAUCUGAACUUCACCGGGUUCCGCAAGAUCCUGAAGAAGCAUGAUAAGAUUCUGGACACUCCACGUGGAGCCGACUGGCGUGUGGCUCAUGUGGAAGUGGCUCCGUUCUACACCUGUAAGAAGAUCACACAGCUCAUCUCUGAGACCGAGGCUCUGGUGACCACUGAGCUGGAGGGAGGAGAUCGUCAGAAGGCCAUGAAGAGGCUGAGGGUUCCUCCUCUUGGAGCUGCACAGCCUGCUCCUGCGUGGACCACCUUUCGUGUGGGACUGUAUUGUGGUGUCUUCAUUGUCCUGGCUGUCGCCUUCGUCCUUACUGGUGCUUUUUUCAUUCGUAAGCAGAACAUCUGGCCACUGGUGCGCAUCUACCGUGGAGGCUUCCUGCUCGUUCAGUUUCUCUUCCUCUUGGGGAUCAACACCUAUGGCUGGAGGCAGGCGGGUGUCAAUCACGUGCUGAUAUUUGAGCUGAAUCCUCGAAACAAUCUUUCACAUCAGCAUCUGUUUGAGAUCGCAGGGUUUUUGGGGGUGUUGUGGUGUCUCAGCAUCCUGUCCUGCCUGUUUGCUGACUACACUUGGCUGCCUAUGCAGGCCAAUCCCCUCAUCCUCUACGGCUUCAUGCUGCUGUUCCUUAUUAACCCCUUCAAAACCGCCUACUACAAAUCACGAUUCUGGCUGAUCAAACUGCUGUUCCGCGUCUUCACCGCUCCAUUCCACCGAGUGGAGUUUGCAGAUUUCUGGCUGGCGGAUCAGCUCAAUUCUCUGGUCAUUGUGCUGUCGGAUCUGGAGUAUCUGGUGUGUUACUACAGCAUGGAGCUGCAGUGGGGAGAACGCAACGGAUUAUUGCCCGCCAAAUUCGGUGAUGAAAGGUGUAACAGCUUCUCGUAUGGAGUGCGGGCCAUCAUCCACUGUCUGCCUGCCUGGCUGCGCUUCGUUCAGUGUCUGCGGCGUUAUCGGGACACCAGGAGAGCCUUCCCUCACCUGGUGAAUGCUGGAAAAUACUCCACCACCUUCUUCGUGGUCACAUUUGCAGCCCUUUACAGAACUCACAAAGAUCAGAACCAUGCUGACUCCGAAGUGUUUUUCUACAUGCUGGUGCUGUCUUCAGUCGUCAGUUCACUCUACACACUGAUCUGGGACCUGAAGAUGGACUGGGGGCUUUUCGACCGCAACGCAGGCGAGAACACCUUCCUGAGAGAGGAGAUUGUUUACCCACAUAAAGCCUACUACUACUGUGCCAUUAUAGAGGAUGUGCUCCUGCGCUUCGCCUGGACUCUGCAGAUCUCUCUGACUUCCAUGACUCGCAUUCCUUCCAUUGAGGACAUCGUGGUCACUAUUUUAGCUCCUCUGGAAGUGUUUAGGCGUUUUGUGUGGAACUUCUUCCGUCUGGAGAACGAGCACCUGAAUAACUGUGGUGAGUUUCGAGCGGUGCGGGACAUCUCUGUGGCUCCUCUAAAUGCUGAUGAUCAGACGCUGCUGGAGCAGAUGAUGGACCAGGAGGACGGAGUCCGCAACAGACAGGGCAAGAAGAACUGGAAACGCAGCUACAGCCUGUCCUUACGCCGACCCCUGCUGUCCUCUCAGUCCAAGAAGGACACUAAGGUGCUGAUUGAGGAUACGGACGAUGAGGCCUUCAGCUGAACCCAGAUCUCACUGUCCCGCCACCAGUCUCUGCUUUCUGUUGGUUCCUCACAGAGCUGCCUCAGCACACCUGAUCUCAAACACACACAAACACACACACUCACAAAAACACCCAAAGACAGAGUAGUGGACAGAGUUAAGCACAAAAACAGCCGUGAGACAUAUCAGGACACAACAGAGACAUCAUACAAACACACACAAACACGCACGGAAAAGCCAAGUGUGGGGUUUUCCUCAAGAUUCUUUUUUAUUAGACUUUUUCAUUUUCUUCUUCUGUAUUGAUACUUUUUUGUACAUUUGUUUAGCUUUUUGAAUCUAUAUUACUGCGUACGACUGUUUACAAACUUAAAACAAUAAGUAGGAUCUACAGGGAGGAGAGUUAUCAUAUAAAAGAGUAACAUAAUAUCCAACACUGCACACUAUAACCACAGCGCAUUUACAGAUCAGAUCUUUCCUUCGAUUUGUUUUGACAUCAGACUACGGCCCUGGUGGCACUUUAAGGAAAUGCUCGACAUAAAUAACAUCAUAUUUUAUCAUUUCAUCAUAUUUAAUAUGCAAAUAUGUUUUCUUUUUUAUGUUCUAACAUGCGUUGCUUUGAUUUCAAAGCUGUCAUAUUUUUGGCCAUGUAUGGUUUGUGUUUGAGAGAAUGGAUUGUGUGUGUGUUUCUGCUGAGGAGCGACAGCAGGUAUUAAACUUCUGCUGUCCUCUCAGCAUGUAGAGAAUAGAUAUUUUCAAAAAAUCUGACAACUACUGUAAGAAAACCUGACGAAUGGUUAACAUUUGAUAAAAACAAAUUGGGUAAAAGAAAUACUGGCUUUUGAAAAAGAUUCUGCGAAUGUUUUCAUCUGCAGUGAUGCACUAAAGUAAAGUCACCCAGCUGAACUCAUUUUUAUUAAACUAAAGUAUUUCCUACACGGCUUUUUUCUAUCACUUUAUCAUUAUCACUGCAAGCCAAAGAGGAAAUGCAAACACUGCCAGUCGAUUAUACAGUAACUCUUAUCAAUUUUGUAUUGUGGUGAACCGUAACUGAUUUUGUGCAUCAAAAACUAGCUCACAUGUGGUGAGGAGAUGUUUUACCUUUACUAUGGUCACAACUGAAUAAUUAGUAUGCUUGCUGAGUGUGGGACUAUCUUUGCUGAUAAUUGGUUUUACAUUUUGAUGAAAACUGCUGUGUUUGUACAUGAUUUAUAAUGCACAUUUUUGUAAGGCAGGUAUAAACUACCUUGUCUUUCAUACAUUUUCAUAAGUGGUCUUUGAGAAAAGAGUGAUUUUGUGGCUUUAUCAUAAUUAGAGGAGGGUGAACAGUGUCAUUUUAACCUGGAAUGACUUUUAUUAUGAUUAAUAUCCACUGUUGUCAUCACAGAAACAAAACACCAGGGCUGUUUUAAGCUGAUAAGUGCGUUUUGCUUACUUUUUUAAGCCUUUAGUUGAUUUUGAUAGCAUGCGUCGGUGUAUUUUUGCAAAGCACAAUCUUACAGCUGAAACUAAAAUUGAAUCUUUACACUUUCUUUCUUUGAAGUUCUGCUUUGCUUUCUAUUUUUUCAAAAGUGAUCAUGUUUUGUGAAACUAAACUAAAUGUGUUUGUGGGUAACAGUUUAGGUGACUUAAGGCUGGAAUAUUCAGAUUUUGAGUUAAAAAUCAAACAUCGAAGGCGGCAAAAAACAACACGUGAUUUGUGGUGGCAAAUUAGUAUCCUCAUUGGAGAUUGUGGUGUUACUGUUACUGUAUGGUCCUUUUUGUCCUUUAAUAUUAAUGAAAUGUCAAUCUUGUUGUGACCUUUCGGCACAUUGUGUCUUACUUGGCUCUGUCUUUAGUUCUUAGCUCUCAGAACUGACUCAAUCUUUAUCGAGUGGCACACAAACAAAACUGUAAAAAUGAUAUCCUUUUUUUGUCCAUCAAUAUCCCCGUAUACGGGUGCUGAGCACAAAUUUGCCCCAUCUAGUGCUUUCUGUAAUGCAUUGCCAACUGUCUUGCCUGCAUGCUGCUUUUGUUUUGCACUGUAAAUAGUUCCUUUUUUACAUUUUAAAUGUGUAAAAGAAUGCCGGUUAAUUUAUUGUACUAAUUAUUUAUGUUAAUUAAUUUAAAUGAGCAGUAUUAUGGUAGAUGAAGGGCAUUUUUGAGUAGUCACAAUCCCACACUGUCUUACAUGUGAAAAUAGUGUAACUUUAAUAAGAAGCUUUAGUGAAUAUGGAAUGUGAUCGGUUUUAUCUAGGUGUAUAUUUCUACUCGUAAACACUUUCAUCCCCAGGGUUUGUGCCCAUUUUUACGGGAAUCGACGGGUGACGGUGGUGUUGAGUGGAUACUGUGAGGAUUAGGAGACGACUGGGACGUUAACAUUCUCAUUAAUACCCUAACUAGGGGUUCUUUUAUGAGAUGAGCCCUCAAAGUGUAGGGUUUUUAUUUUGUACAUUGUUUUUUUUUUGUUUUUUUACAUAUUCUAAUACAGAACUGGAAUAAUACACAAGCCCUGACGUCAUUUCUUCAUGGGGGGAAAAAACUAUGUUGACUUGAUUGCUUGCUAAACCCAUGAUGUUAAGUGCUUGAUAUCUCUGCAUCUUUUCUAUCUCCUGUCUUGAUGUUGUAUCUCUUCUUAAAUACUUGACUGUGACAUUGUUUGUAGUUGGUAGAUGGUUGUACUUUUGAGUAAGUUAAGACUUAAUGAAAAAUAGAGAAAAAAACUACUUGUGGUUCUGUGCUUAAAUGGAGACCUGAACAGAGAGUUCCCCUUUUACAGAGUAGUUUGUAAAUGUUAAGUGUAUUCCUAUGAUGGUUCCACUGAUGAUCUCAUUUGUGUUUCUGUAUACACUUUGGUGAUCCUGUCAUAUUUGGGUUUUAUAAACCACGCUUAUUUUUAAAACCUUCA